AUGGCACAUUUGGAGGAUUUGCAUUCUUUGCUUCGCUCGAAUUAUUUCUCCUCUUGGCCGUUACGAGCCCGUUUCUUUUGUGUUGAUGUCUAUCGUGUGUGGCGUGCCUGGAAUGACCGUGUAGAUGGUCGCUUGCCCAGCAACAUCAAGGUUAUCACAGAUGGAGACAACCUUGCAACGGUGCCCAAUUCCAAGGAAGGCGACGAGCUCGCACCCGUUGGAAGCGUCAAAAACCUAUCAAUUAACUACACCAAGCUUGAGGACCAUAUCGAAAAGUCAAUGUUCAUGCUGGAAGAUCCGGAUGAUCUGCAGUGCACGGUCUGUAGAGAGUCGAUCUUCCCAGGCGAAGAACAGAUAGUAGUUUGUCCACACCCGAAUUGCCGCGGCACGAGUCAUUUAUUAUGUUUAUCUACCACAUUCCUCGAUGCGACCAACGAACCAGGUCUCCUGGUGCCCAUCGAAGGGACCUGCCUGUCGUGCAGAAACACCGUACAAUGGGUGACAAUGAUGCGAGAGCUAAGCUUCCGCAACAGAGCAGACAAGGAGGCGCGUGCAAUUUUAAGAAAGAAAGAGAAACGUGCUCGCAAAGAGUCUGUUGCCAUGGAGGCAUAUUCAGGACCUCAGUCAACUUCUAUUGAACCAAGGUCACUGUCGGAAGAGCCGACCGAAGACGACCUAGGGCCAAAUUGGUUCGAGGAAGUAGAAAUAGAAUCCGACUCUGAUUUCGAGGGCCGACAGAAGCACCGCUCGACUCGACCUCCACCAAAGCUCGAGAUCGUGAUUGAAGACAGCGACUGGGAUGACGCAGAACUCGUUGAAUGA